AUGCCCUUCAAGGUGCACCGCAUUGAGGCACCAAGCAACAUUGUUGAAACUAAUGUUUCGGAGCUGAUGAGUUUUUACAAGCUUAUGUACAAGAUGCGUCGCAUGGAGAUUGCGGCGGAUAUGAUGUACAAGGCCAAGUUCAUUCGCGGCUUUUGCCACCUGUACGAUGGCCAGGAGGCCGUGCUCACGGGCAUCGAGGCUGCCAUCACGCUCCAGGACUCCAUCAUCACCUCGUACCGAGACCACUGCCAGCACGUCAGCCGCGGCGGCACUGUGCUGGAGCUGAUGGCGGAGCUCAUGGGCAAGCGCGAGGGCGCCACCCGCGGCCUGGGCGGCUCUAUGCACAUCUACAACCGCAAGAACAACUUCUACGGAGGCAACGGCAUCGUGGGUGCACAGAUCCCCCUGGGCGCCGGUAUCGCGCUCGCGCACAAGUACCGCGGCGAGCCCAACGUGUGCAUCACCAUGUACGGCGACGGCGCCGCCAACCAGGGCCAGAAGUACGAGGCACUCAACAUGGCGGGCCUGUGGAACCUGCCGGCCAUCUUCGUCUGCGAGAAUAACCACUACGGGAUGGGCACCGCAGAGUGGCGCGCGGCCAAGUCGCCCAACUUCUACACCCGCGGUGACUACAUCCCGGGCAUCAAGGUGGACGGUAUGGAUGUGCUGGCGGUCAAGCAGGCCGUCGCUUUCGCCAAGGCCUACGCCCUCGCCAACGGACCCAUAAUUAUGGAGAUGGACACCUACCGCUACCACGGCCACUCGAUGUCGGACCCGGGGUCGACCUAUCGUACGCGCGACGAGAUCAACGCCAUGCGCACGGAGCGUGACCCAAUUGAGCGUGUGAAGAAGCUGCUGUUGGCGAACGGCGUGGAGUCUGCCGAGUUCAAGCGGUUGGACCGGGAGAUCAAGAAGGAGAUCGACGAUGCGGUUGAGGCGGCCAAGGCGGGCUCCAUUCCGCCGGAUAGCUGGCUAUGGAAGAACAUGUACGCGGCGCCUUUGGGCGCGGAGAUGCGUGGCGUGCUGCCUGGGCAGUACCAUGCACCGGCUUUCGACCCGGAGUACAAGAGUUGA